UCAUACAAUUUCUUCCGAGCUGUCACUCUCGACCCUGGCCGUGCUCCAAAGCCCUCCAGCGAGUCGGAACUGCGCACCAUCAUUGAGGAAUUAGCCAGCACUGGUCGGCUCAAUGGUAUGACGUUCUGCGUGGACUGUAUGGCGCAAAAACCAUUGCGAUCCAAGCAUUGUCGAGCCUGCAACCGCUGCACAGCGCGAUUCGACCAUCACUGCCCGUGGGUAUGGAAUUGCGUGGGAGUUAAUAAUCACCGACAGUUCGUUGUUUUUAUUACAACACUUGUGGUUGGUGUCAUUUGUUUCGACAUGCUUGCCUGGUCUUACUUUAACCAACUCCCCGCGCCCACAAAUCCCAUAGCCUCCGACAGUGUCUGCGUCUCGUGGCCUGUAGUUUGCUCCAUCUCCGAAUCAUCCGACGCUGCGUUCGUUUUAGCAGUAGUAUCAUGGGCAAGCCUACAGCUUAUAUGGACGGUCGUCUUGGUCGCCGGUCAACUCUUCCAAAUUGCGCGACAGAUGACUACAUAUGAAGUCUCCAAUUUGGGCCGUUACGGGUAUAUGGGUGGCCGAGGAUCCAGCUUGUUCAUGCAGCAAGGACAUCGCUAUCAGAACUUGGACGCUGACGAGGCAAAUGAAGAAGACGAUCUUGGCCCUGGUCACCUGCAUGCUCAUGCCCAUGGUCAUGGUCACCGUCACAGCCAUGGAGGUGCCGGGUGUUGGAAUUUCCUCCUCAACGUUCUUGGAUUUGAUCGUUUCACCAGGGGCAAAGCUGCCAAUGGUCUUGCUAGGGCUGGAAAAGCUCCCAAUCCUUUUGAUGCCGGGAUAAUAUCAAACUGCAUGGAUUUUUGGACCAAGGGAAAGGAAAUCGGUGUCGAGUAUGAGAAGUUAUAUGAUGUCCCGCCAGAAGGAUUCAAGAAAGCAAUGGAGAGGCGAAGACGGGUCGAGGAUGAAGAGGAUAGGUUCGAUGACACGGGUUCCCACCAAGGCAAGAUCAAAGAUCUCGCCAGCCGUUAUAUCCCUGGUCUCGUUGGGCGAGGACCACGAUCCAACGCCUACCAAAUUGUAAGCACGAAUGAGACUGCAUAAGCUUGCUCAUGAUGGACACUUCUCGCCUACGUCAUUUCAUUUUUGCUGAUGUGAUUACCCUCCAACAUUGUACAACAUGCAGAUUCCUUUUAAUACUAUAAUGCUACCUUUCCACAACGACACCUGAAAA